AAAAUUUGCAUUCAGACUGUAAGGCAGUCUUGACGUAACGGGACCUUCUCUCUCAAAAAUGCUCGCGUUAAAAGCCAGUACAUUGCUAACUAUUGUAAGCCUGUCUUGGGCAACACUUGAAUCCGAAUUCAACCAUGCUGUUGUCCUUGAUCCUGCAGAGAAAAUGACCUUGUACUGGAGUGUUGACAGGAAAUCAGAAAGCAUUACUUUUGCAGUGCAAGCGAAGACUACCGGGUGGAUAGGCCUUGGUUUCUCGCCUGGUAACGGACGGAUGGCGGGUGCAGAUAUAGUCAUCGGGUGGGUGCAGGGCGGACAAGCCAAACUAACGAACCGCCACGGGGAAGGGCACUUCCUUCCGGCCCUGGAUGAUGACCAGUCAACCUACAGGCUGCUAUCAGGCAGUGAAGCAAAUGGUACCACUGUACUCACGUUCCGCCGCAAGAUAGACACGUGCAGCAAACAAGACAUUGUCCUAGAGGCAGGUACCACAAAGCUGAUCUUUGCAUACAACGAUGAGGACCCGAGCUCGGAUUCUGAUAUUCCCAAGCACUCAUUCCGGGGCAGCCGUAGUCUUCUUCUUCUCAACUAUGGCAGGAAGGAUAAGCCAGAUCCCACAUGGAACAAACUGGAAUUUCUCAUGAAGAAUCACUCAAUUCCUAGCAAGCAAACAAGCUAUGCUUGUAGAACUUUUGAGAUGCCGAAACUACCAGGAAAACGGCACAUUGUCAGGUUUGAGCCCGCUGUGGUGCCUGGAAACGAGGGCUUCGUGCAUCAUUUCGUUGUAUUCGAAUGUCAUCCUCGCUUCAAUGUCUCUCACCUCAACUACACAAUGGAUUGUCUGGAUUUCGUAAAAAUGCCACAAGAAAUACAGACCUGCAAAACGCUUGGAGAGAUCACUGCAGCUUGGGGUGUCGGUGGAGGAGCCUUCGUAUACCCUGAUCACGUGGGAUACCCAAUCGGCAUGCAAGACAGCGGGAGCAUCUUAGUCAUGGAGGUGCAUUACGACAAUCCAGAGAAGCUAACAGGGCGUUUUGAUAGCUCCGGCGUACGUUUCUAUUACACGGAUAAGUUAAGGCUGUAUGACUCAGGCACGUGGAGCGUGGGCGAUUCCGUCAAUACGUGGAUGAUGGUCCCACCAAAGCAGGAGGAAUGGAUCUCAGAAGGGCACUGCCCACAUCAGUGUACUAAACAGCUUCUUGAAAACACAACGUUACCUGAGAAAGGAAUAAAUGUUUUUGCUUCGUUUCUUCAUACUCAUUUAGCAGGUCGUGGGACAUGGACCAAGCAUUUCAGGGACGGAGUGGAGCUACCUGAGAUUGCUCGUGACAACUACUACGACUUCAACUUCCAGGAAAUCCAAGCCCUUCCCUUAGAAAGGCAUAUCCGCCCGGGCGAUGACGUCAUUCACUACUGUAAAUACAACACUAUGGAUCGCCAGAAAACAGUGUUCGGUGGAUUUGGUACCAAAGACGAGAUGUGUAUCAACUUCAUGUUAUACUACCCUCGGCUAUAUAAACCUUUCGCUUGCCAAAGCAACCAAGUUGUGACGUCAUACAACUUCCUCUCUAAACACAUGCCAUCAUUAAAGCCGGCUGCCACCAACCGAUACAUGAACCCGAUGUCCUUCGUCAACGUCUCCUGGACUAAAGAAAUGGCAGAGGAUCUUAGGGAAAUACAGAAAAGCGCCAAAACAGUCUUCAUCGAGGGGUGCCAGACCAUCCCUUGGACUUAUCCCAUAACGUCCCUGGCAGAAGGCAACUAUAUGGAACCAAAAGUUCGCGUCUCCAAGCCUCUGAACCCACCCGUCAGUGACUGCUCCAAUUCGGCCCAGUCUACGGCAGCCAGUCUGGGUCUACUGUUGUUUGUAUGCUUGUUCGUGAACGCAUUCGAGGUCUAGUUAACAAAAUGACAAAAUACAUUAAACGCCCGCGUUUGAGAAACAGAGAUACUUUUUUUUUUAUAAAUGUUUGGUUCAUUAUAUUAUGUAGUUUAAUACAACAUGGGCUUAUAUCCGGCGCGUACACGGGGGGGGGGGGGGGGGGGGAAGUGUGCGCAGGGCGCGCGCAUCCCCCCUUGGCUGGCAAAUAGUGGGUCAUUUCUUAUUAACGAAUCUUCAAAUACCAUGCUUUUUCCAUAUGAUACCUAUGACUACGCACCCCCCUUAGCCAAUCCUGGGUACGCGCUUGUAUAUGUUUAGUUUAGCAUUGAUUAGAGUCAGUAAGCAUUCAAACUAGAGACAGUUAUUGUUUAGUGUUAAGGAAAAAAAUAACCUAACUGCCUGAUUUGUCAAAAUUUACCCCGAUUUAUACUCAGUCUGAUCUUGAAAAUUCUAGGUUCCCAUACAUGAGUGUUAGUCGCGUUAGUCAGCACAAGCAAGUUGUAAACAUCACGCCCCCAGCGAAUAAGUUUGUCCGCUCAAGUGUCAAUGGCAAGCAAUUGGACAAAUACAAGGUCAACAUUGUCAGCUUAAGUUUAAUACUUGAGCCGUUUUUAUUGUACGAUAGUUUAAAUGUCACAGUAAAAGUAGAUUGUAGGAUUUAGUUCGCUAUUUGAAUGCAAAAUUAAAGUAAAUACCGGGUCCUCCACAACGCGCUGUAAACAAUGGUUUUAUCAUCAGAUUUCAAUAAAGUACAGUCUGGAUUCCUUCA